GGAUUUACAUGUGCAUGUUCCAUUUUAUGCAUUUUAUGACCUUGGAGUAGUUUAAUAUUUAUUCAAAUAAAUACCUUAAUAAAAGAAUUAUUACUGUAAACAAUACCUUUACAAUUUAAACUUUUAUUACGCGCAAGCUAAAAUAUGUGUUUUUUCUUUUCUAUUUUUAGAAAACGAAAGUAGAAUUCCCCUAAAAUUAAAUACUUUUCGUAGAAUUUACGUUCUCAUCCGGUGUAUAUAAUGAAGUAAAUAAUCAAAUACAAGGAUAUCUCAAUGGGCAACACCCAGUGCAGCAGACGACAUGUAGAAGGACGUCUGAAAAAAUAACAUCAUUUGAUUCCGAUAUAUAACGUCAAGCAGAUGAAACUUACCUAACCAAUAAAAAGCAGUCUGGUGAUCAGUGACAACAUGGACACUCCCGACGCAAGCCGUUUUACAAUUUUACAUCUUCCUAUUCCCGAGAAGAAUUCUGAUACAUGUGAUCAGGACAUCAGCAAAUGGAGGGAUUUGAUCAGUAUGGUAGAUAAUUCCGUGACAAGUAUUGCAAAUGAUCUUGAUAUGAUACAUGCUGCUGUCCAUACUGCUGUUGAAAAAGGUGAAGAUCACAGUCAAAAUGAAUCAGACAAAAAAGUAUCGGAUGAAACACAGCCUUUACGAAAUCUACUUAUGUGCUUGGAGAGGACGGUUUUGCAUCAUAAAAGCUUUUCUAUAGCGACUGUCAAUAAAUGUCUGCAAAUUGUGAUCAACACGAUAGCUCAAGUUAGCGGGUCUUCGGUUGAAAAGUUUGAACCACUAUCGCUUGAUACAAUUUAUAAACAAUCACGAGCAAACGAAAGUUAUCAAGGUUUACAGAACUGUGAAUUAGAAAACUUUAAGCGGGAUAAUAGUGAAUUACAGUUAGAGGUCAGUAGGUUACACAAAGAAAUGUCUAUCAUUGAAAAGAAAAAGGAGGGAUUUGAGGAUGAAAAUUUCAAUUUGAGGAAAAAAAUAAAGGUACUCGAACAGUAUAACGAGGAUUUACAGAACAGGAGUGAUAUAUCUGAAAAAAGUAUAUCAGACUUGAAAGCUGAACUUUCAAACGUUCGUGUUGAAAACAAAUAUUCAUCCUCAAACAAAGAUAAAAUCGAACGUUUAGUAAAAGAAAAUAAAGAAUUAACUGACAGAUGUAUAAUGUUACGUAAAGAAUUUGACGAAAAAAUAAUGGAAAGAGCUAAUGCAUAUCAGAAAGACAUAGAUGACUUAAGAAUGGAAAGUGAUCUUUCGACGAGUUCUGUCAAGGACAAAGAAGAGGAAAUCACACAUUUGCAACAAUAUAAUGAAAGGCUUUUAAAGGAGAAUGCAGAGAAAACAAAAGAAAUUGAAAGUAAUAAAAAGGAGAUGCAAAAUUUGGGAACAGACAAAAAUGAUCUGGAGACGAAAGUCAAGCAAUUGUCUUCUCAGUAUAAAGAUGUGGAGUCUAAUUCGAACAUGGAAAAAGAAAAUGAUCGGCGGAAAUAUGAAGUCACAAUAAACGACUUAAAGGCGCGGAUUGAAGAGAGCAACAGGCUUGUUGUAGAUCUUAAAGAUUUGAAAAGGAAAUAUGAAAAUCUCAAGCAAAAGCAUGAUGAUGUCAAACAAAAAUUACAAAGGACAAACGAAGAGGAAAAAAUACUCCAGGCAAAACUAAAGGACCUCGCAGGCUUUGAAUCAAAAUGCCAAGAAAUAAGAAAACAAAAUAUCAAUCUCGAAGAACAAGUCAGAUACCUUACAAAAGAUAAGAACACACUUCAAAAUAAAUUUGAAAAAGAAAAACAACAACAUGAAUUUGAAGCUGAAAAAAGGAAACAACUAUCAAACGAAAUUAGAUCUUUAAGAACAGAAAAUGAAAAAAUGCAGGCAAAUAUAGUCAAUGCUUCAGAACAAAUGCAAUUUCUGACAAACGAAAACAGUCGUCUGAUUAAGGAAAAUUGCGACCUUGAUGAGGAACUUAAGAUGUACAAAUGCAAAAAACUUGUUAAAGUGCAGUUAUAUUAUCAACGAAGAGGAGAGCUUAUUACAACUGUUGAAGAAGAAUUAACACGCAUUUUGAAACAGAGGAUAGAGUCAACAGGCAGAUUUGAAAUAGAAUUCCUCAAAUGCAUGACUGCAUCAGAAGUGGUUCCAGAUUUGCCAUUAUUGCUUCUUUGCAUAUGCGCUUCAAGAAUUGGUACGGAUGCCGCAAAUACAAUUCAAGGAUUAAGAUUAACACCCAAGGUAUCGUUACUUAUCUUCCAUCAUAAGGAUAUACACGCUUUACCAAGCCAAGCCAGCUAUCAAGUUUUGACUGGAGGGGAAUAUAAAACUAUGAGUGGAAUAUUUGACUUGGCUUUCUUGUCAGGAAAAGGAAUUUACAGUUGUCCUUUGAAUGACACUAGUAUUGCCAAGAUAAUUACUUUUAUCAAUACGGAAUAUGUUCAAAGUUCCAGUGAGGGAUUGUCUCGAUGACUGAAAUAAACGUUUUCCUCUUUGUAAUGUAUUUAGUGUAUUUAUUUCAAGUGUCAGAAAGGUUUUUUUUAAUAUACAUAUAUUUUGAUGCAUAUCAUAACGCUUCCAGUGCAAUAAGGGAGUGUGUUUGUUUUUGUUUGUUUUUGUUUUGUUUUUUAUGAUUUUUUUUGUACUUUUUAUUAUGCCCCUCCCCCCCCCCCGAAGGAUGAGCAUAUACUCGCCGCUUUGUCCGUCCGUCCGUCCGUUUUUCUUGUCCAGGACAUAGAAGUGCACUGCAAAAGAAUCAUAACUCUGCCUUGCCUAAUUUUGUUUAUUGCCAUUUUUUCACUUUUCAUAUUUACACUUUGAACGUUGUCCAGGACAUAUCCCCGACACUGUUAGAGAUAUGAACAAGAAACUUUGUAGAUAGAUAGAUCUCAUUAGGUAAAUAAGCAGUGGAAAGAAUAGUAACUUUGUCUUGUCUAAGUAUGGAAUUAUUGCACUUUGAACUUUGUCCGGGUCAUAACUCUGAAACUACAAGAAGUAUACUUUUCUGUGUCCAAGCAUCACCUGGUUCAUCCGGUUCUUGUUGUUUUAGUUGUUGUUUUCGUUUUGAUUGAACAAAAUGUGCAAAAUGCUUUCUAGUUUGGAUUAUAGUGCGAUAUUUUUAUUGGACUUUUAAGAAAUAUAUAUGUUAGAUCUGC